GCCAAACAGAGCAGAGGAGCGCUAGAGAAUCUGACUUUCCUUGAACGCAACUUUUGGGGAGCUUUUACGUACUCUGGAAUAUAGAAAUGCGCUGGAAAAACGAAGUGAAAGUUGAAUGUUGCACUGUUAGCCCGAAUGAAAACGAGACUAUUUUGUCCACCGAGGAGAGACGUCGCGCUGCGUUUGAUUGACAGGUGAAAUUGGCGUGUUGCUGAAUCACACAACUCGAGGACAUAAUGCACAUAGGAUAAGUAUGAGUUCAAGUGUUGUCUGUUUGUGUACGUAAUGACUACUUCUCUUUUAAAUGUCAUUUUGGUAAUCGCCGGCGUUGUCAUGGUGAAAAGUGAAAGGCAUGAUAUUUAUGGGACGGAGCAGGGGGCAUUUAAGGCGGCUGCGACAGUCUGACCCACCGACCGUCAUGUGCGAGGACUGCAAAGGCGGAGAGGACCUGCUGGCCAAGUGCGCAGAAGAGGGAGACAUCAUGGGCGCUCCUCUGGAAGUUUUGGAUGAAGACGCGUCAUCCCUUCAGGCCAUGACUUCUGCUCCUCUGUUGGGCAGGACCGUGUGCGCGAGCUGUAACGAAGAAAUAGUGGAUAAAUAUUUGCUCAAGGUGAACGACUUGUGCUGGCACGUGCGCUGUCUCUCGUGCAGCGUGUGCCAAACUUCACUUGGCAGCCACAGCAGCUGCUACAUCAAAGAGAAAGAGGUCUUCUGUAAACUGGAUUACUUCAGAAGGUACGGCACUUGGUGCGCGUGCUGCGGCCGGAAUAUCCAUGCCACUGACUGGGUCCGUCGCGCCAAGGGCAACGUGUACCACCUGGCGUGUUUUGCGUGUUUUUCCUGUAAAAGACAACUGUCCACGGGAGAGGAGUUUGCGCUCGUGGAGGAAAAGGUGCUCUGUCGCGUGCACUAUGACUGCAUGUUGGAUAACCUCAAGCGCGCCGUGGAGAAAGGAAGCAGUGUGAACAUGGAGGGAGCAGUGCCGACUGAACAAGAGCUAAACCAACCCAAACCCUCAAAAAGGGCUCGCACAAGCUUCACUGCAGACCAGCUGCAGGUGAUGCAGGCCCAGUUUGCUCAGGACAACAACCCAGAUGCUCAGACGCUGCAGAAGCUGGCGGAGCAGACCGGCCUCAGCAGAAGAGUCAUACAG